AUGCCCCUCAUUAAACUUCCUUUCCUUGCUAUCACCACACUAGGUAUCUACACUAAUUUCACACCGCCUCAGCCCAAGCCAGAUGCAAGCCUGCUGGCACCGAACAUGACUAUUUUCGAGCGAGCCUUCUCGGCGGUCGCACGGUUGUACAUGGGUAGCUUCAAGCUCCUGUUGUGUUCGGGGGUCGUGUUAGAAGCUGCCGUAAUAUUCGCCGCGAAAUACCCAGCCGUUCCCAUCUCAGGAGCGAUUCUCAAGCUCUUAGUCCACGGACCGCCCUCUCUCACAGCCAAAAUAGGUCUCUCCCCUGCGUUCUUGGUAGGUUUCAGCAUGGUGACGCUAGGAAGCUACACCCGAUACCGCUGUUACCGUGCCCUCGGCCAGUUCUUCACGUUCGAGGUCACCAUGAGCGGAAACCAUCGGCUCAUCACCGAUGGGCCAUACGCAUACGUCCGACACCCGUCAUAUACAAGUGCAGUUGUAACCGGCAUCGGCAUCGGUAUCAGUCUUGCCAGCGCUGGGUCGUGGUUUAGAGAGUGCCGGGUUGUUGAUACGAUGUGGGGCAAGGCCACGAUGGUUGUCUACUUGGCCGCGACACUUUUGGGGGUCGGAGUUGCUGUCCUGCGCCCUGCGGCGGAAGAUGUAUUGUUGAAGGAACGUUUCGGGCCCCAGUGGGAUGCGUGGGCACAGAAAGUGCGGUACAGAUUGAUACCAUACAUUUACUGA